UUUCAGCGGAUAAAAAUCAUGGCUUCCAUCAAAGAAGAACUUAUAAGCGCGGCGGAAAGCGAAUCGCAAGUGAUGCAGAUCGUUCAAGCGGCUCUCGAAGGAAUUGAUAUGGAUGCAUUGACAAGUAUGACACCUGGAUUGCCACAAACUGUUCGUCAGACUGCGAUCAAUAGCCUUUUGAGCUCAAAGAAAUUGGCUAUUCAACAAGCGCCUGGCGGUGUGCUCCGGUUGAAAGUUAACACAAGUGAACAGAUUGCGGGAACAGAAGAGGAGCAAGUGAUUUACAGUCUUAUCGAAGAAUCGAAGACGCGUGGAAUAUGGAUAAAAGAACUUCGAGAAGGUUCAGGACUCAACCAGCUUCAACUUCGAAAAACAUUGAAAAGUCUGGAAACGAAAAAGUUGAUCAAGACUAUCAAAGCUGUUGGAACUACGAGGAAGUGCUAUAUUUUGUUUAGUAUUGAACCAGAUAUGUCAUUGACUGGUGGAACAUUCUAUUCUGAUCAACAACUCGAUUCGGAACUCAUCAAUACAUUGAUCAGUGUUUGUGGUUCAUAUGCUGCCAGCAGACGAAAGCAUGCGAUUGAUGAAAAUCCGAAUAAUAUUCAAAUGCAAAGAGAAGCCAGCUAUAUUCGUCCUCAAGAGAUAGCCCAAUUCAUCACCGAAAAACGAGUAUUGAAUGUUCCACUAUCAUUGGAAGAUUUAGAAAGAAUUCUCGAAGUCGCUGUGUUGGAUGGAACAAUUGAACGAAGAGCUGAUGGAAAGAUCCGUGCAUGUCCACCACGUUCCAGUAUUUCUCCAUUAGUGUCGGUUCCGUGUGCUAUUUGUCCAGUUGUCGAGGAUUGUCGACCAGGAUAUGUGAUCUCUCCUCAAUCAUGUGAUUAUAUGAAAAAUUGGCUGGCCGAUCUGUAACUGCAGUACUCUCUAGUUAAUUGUUUUGAGAACUCAGAUCUUCAAAACCCGUAUUUUUAUUGUCCAUUUUUGUUAAUUUAUUGAUGCCUUUUUGUUGUUGAUUCUCCUCUUUUUUUCUUAAUUGUUAAAUAUUUGUUCUGAAUAAAAAAAUCUCAUAAAAAGAGAUACAAAU